CCCACUUCCCCCACACUGUAGCGAUGUCGCAAACUGCAAUCCGCCCCCAGCGAGCAGAGCCCUAUGUGCUAUAUCCUCCCAGCCCCCUCGGUCUCUCUGCACACAGGCGGGCUCGCUCGGCGGAGGCAGACGGAAGAACUGUCGACCUCCGGAACCGCUGGAAGACGGGAAACAAGAGGGUAGAAUUGGGCAGGCUCUGCAAGCAAGGCAUCAUGGAGCUCCCAGUCUUAUUCCUGCUCCUUGGCCUCACUAGGGUGUCCCGGUCCUGCCUGGACCCAAUUUCGGCCUACAGGUUCACGGGGGCCGUGUGCCGGCUCACCUACCCCGCUGCGCUGGUUUUGAACGAGAAGACGGCGAAGGUGAUCGAGGCUGCCUUCCAGCACGCCCGAUACCCUGACAUGAAAGGGGAGAAGUCGCUCCUGUUCGUCGGGAAGGUGCAUUACAACCUUAACAAUCUGGAGAUCCACGACCUGUUGAUCGGAGGCAGCGAGGUGGAACUGCGGGCGAACGACCGCAUCGCCAUCUCCAUCUCCAAUGUUUCAGCCACCUUCCGGGGAACCAUGCAGUACGGAUACGGGAGCUGGCUCAUCGACUUUGGACAUUCAGUGGAUUUUGAGAUUGAAUCCCACAUCGAUCUGGUCGUCAACCCCAAACUCUACUGCGGGAAGGACAAAGUGGCUGCGGACACCUCCGACUGCUACCUCACCUUCCACAAACUGCAGCUCAUCCUGCACGGGGACCGAGAGCCCGGCUGGCUGAAAAAGGUCUUCACGGACUUUGUCACAUUCACGGUGAAGGUGGUCAUCAAGAGCCAGAUCUGCAAAGAAAUCAACAAGCUGGCGGACACACUUGCUGAUUUCAUACAACGGCGAGCAGAGCGGUUCCUGAGCGACGGCGAUAUAGGGGUGGACGUCUCAGUCGUUGCGGCUCCUACCCUCACCUCUAACUACAUCGAGUCUUACCACAAGGGCCUGACACGCUACAACAACACGAGUGCGGUCAUCGAGGCCUCCGCGUUCAACCCCGCCCAGCUGACCGAAGACCGCAUGAUCUACUUCUGGUUGUCGGACGAGCUUCUGGACCCGCUGGUGAAGGCCGCGCACCUCGACGGACGCUUCGUUCGGAGCAUCGGGGGACAGGAGCUCGCGGAUGUUUUCGAGGGGGACCUUUCCGCAUCCAGGCCAGCCUUCCUGACCGAGCUCCUGUCCUCUGAGACCCCGCUGCUCAAGACGUGGAGCGUGUCCGUGCCCCGUCUACGGACGACCCCUGCGGGCACCUCCGUGAGGGGGGUGGCGGCAGUGGAGCUGACUGCUCCCUCCAGCGAUCUCAGCCUCUACUUCGAAGCAGAUGUGGAGGUCAUAGUGAAAGCCUCCUACGCUGACAAAAGACUGACCCUCAACGCAGCCCUGUCCUCUAUUUCAGCUCUCAACGGGUCCUUGUCUCCAGCAGCCCUGCAGCUGGAGGACGCCCACACGGAAUACUUAAGAGAGGCUGUUGAGAAGAUAGGAGUGCCAAAAGUCACGUCCUAUCUUGAGCGCGGGAUAACCACCCUGAUGAACAAACAAGGACUGGACCUGUUUGAAAUCAUCAACCCAAUAGUGUUGCCAGGAGAGGGUUAUGUAAUAGUGCAGCUGGACUUUGGAUUUCCUCAACAUUUGCUCGUUGAUUUCCUUAAGAAGACCCUCGAGUCACAGCAACUGUAGUAAUGUUUUAAUAUAAAGGCUGGCAAAUACAUGGCUGUUAUUGUUUAUGUGUGAUUUUUCCUUUGUAUUCAUCAGCUGAGCAUUUGGUUUGUGUUUGGGGAGGGAGACUUUGUUCAGCCGUUGGAGUUUCGCCGUGUCACGAAAUAUCAGGGCCUUCCGAAGGGUAAAAGACGACAUGUUAAAACCAGGAACACACGUUCAUUCACUUCAUGUUACAUUUUUUAGUAUUGCAUAGAAACGUCUGUUAACAUCUGUGUUUUUUGCAAUAUUUUUUGAUGAGAAAUCCAUUCCUGAAUUCACUGUAGACCAUGCAGAAAAUUAAGGAUUCAGGAAAGGUCAAAAAUGAAUAUAAUUUCAGCUUCAAACAUAAUUUGCAUAAAUUCAGCACGCUAAAUGUAACAUAACAAAGACUGUGUUAAAAUAACGUAUAGUUAACAACAAUAAUAAUACAACAAAUUACUCAAAUCAAGCUCACCGACACAUGGUUUCAAAUUGUGUUUAUGUUUACUUUCCCUUAGAACAAUUUUAAGAAUCCUACGUCGAAAAAAAUGAAAGUACAUCCGUGAAAUCUCCAAGGAAUAAAUGACAAUUUUAUGACUUUGAGAUUCUCUUGAAAUGGAAACGUUCUUGCGGAAGCUGCAAUAUUGGGAGUGCAUUUAGCGGAUCAUUCACAACACUAGAAAUAGUUGUAUUGCUAGAAGCUUCUUGAACAAUUAGGGCUGGGGUGCAAAACUCCAGUCCUUGAUUUGGGAGCAGCUGGUUCUUGCUGAGGCUCACUCACACACACACACACACACACACACACACACAUUGACUAAAACCACUUGUCCCAAGUGGGGGAGGGGGCAGAGGUUAGCCUGGCAACAUAGAGCGGAAGGCUGGAGGGGGAAGGGACACACCCAGGACAGGACACCAGUCCAUCACAAGGCACCCCAAG